UGGUUCCUCCCGGCAGGGACAUCGCACGCCCUCGAAUCCAACAGGUCUACACCGGAGACCACUCUUGUGCUACUUCCCGAGACGGUGCGCCCUCGGGAGUCUUCUGCGACUCCCGCCACCUGGCGCUUCCUCUCCCCGAACCUCGAACCGAGCCGUGUUCUGCUCAAUUCCUCAUAAUGGCCACGGCGCAACCCACGCGAUCCAAAGCCGUGCCCGGGUCCGAGCCCGAGCCGGACCUCUCCACCUCCACGCCUCCUCCACCGCCGCCGCCGCCGCCGGCGGAACAGCUCCGCCCGCUCGACCAGUUCCGCGCGGCCAUCUCGGAGCCGGUGGUGGCGGCGUUCUGCGCGGGCGGCGUGGCGGGCGCGGUCUCGCGCACCGUGGUCUCGCCGCUCGAGCGGCUCAAGAUCCUGUUCCAGGUGCAGAGCGCGGGCCGCGACGCCUACCAGCUCAGCGUCGGCCGCGCGCUGGCCAAGAUGUGGCGCGAGGAGGGCUGGCGCGGCUUCAUGCGCGGCAACGGCACCAACUGCAUCCGCAUCGUGCCCUACUCGGCUGUGCAGUUUGGGAGUUAUAAUUUCUACAAGAGGCAUUUCUUUGAGCGGCAUCCCGGGGAUAGCCUCACGCCGCUCUCGCGCUUGACGUGUGGCGGCUUCGCCGGCAUCACCUCCGUCAUCUUUACCUACCCGCUCGAUAUCGUACGCACCCGGCUCUCCAUCCAGUCAGCGUCGUUCGCCGAGCUCGGCGAGAGACCGAAGAAGCUCCCGGGCAUGUGGAAGACCAUGGUGAUGAUGUACAAAAACGAAGGAGGCUUCAAGGCGCUGUAUCGAGGCAUCAUUCCGACGGUGGCUGGGGUUGCGCCAUAUGUCGGCCUGAACUUCAUGACGUACGAGUUCGUCAGGCAAUUCCUGACAUUAGAAGGCGAGCAGCACCCCAGCGCCAGCCGGAAGCUGGUGGCCGGCGCGAUAUCCGGCGCUGUUGCGCAAACAUGCACUUACCCAUUCGACGUACUGCGGCGCCGAUUUCAAAUUAACACCAUGUCCGGCAUGGGCUACCAGUACAAGUCUCUGGCGGAUGCUGUCCGCGUUAUCAUCACGCAAGAAGGCGUGAAGGGCCUCUACAAGGGCAUCAUCCCUAAUCUCCUCAAGGUGGCGCCGAGCAUGGCGUCCAGCUGGCUGAGCUUUGAGCUCUGCCGCGACUUCCUGGUCAGCCUAAAGCCAGAGGAGGAGCCGCUAUUGCAAUAGCGCUCUUUCAAAGUCUUGGAGGAUUGAUGGGCCAAGAACAACUUUUUUUCCCGCUCCUCUACAAGA